AGGGAGAAGCUGACACUGCGAUAAUCCUGGACUCGAAGCUGCAUUACUGUGCAAGGACACCCAUGCGUGGUCGAUAAGCAGUCUGAAGGAUGACGAUGAGUAUCCUCGCCGACUGGAUGCCUUUGGCCCCACUCAUGGACGAGGAAAUUUAUGGCACAGGAGUCAGUAUCAAAGAAGAGCUCAGCGAAGAUAUUUCCGAGGAUACUUGUAUUGAAAUUAAAGAAGAACCGUUUGAUUAUGCAGAUAAAGAGAGGGAUGAGGUGAACGACGAGAAAGUGAAACAUAAAUGUCUCUUCUUUCAUAAUCUCGAUGAAUUAAAACAUAAAUCAAAUGCGAAGAACACGUGUAAGUUGGAUGAGGAUCGUAAUGGCGUGUUGUUAAGAGCGCCAUUUGUGGCUGAGAAUUCUCUGAAUAAGAUUUCAUCAGAUUGCGAUCAGGCGAUACACAUUGAAAGUCUUAAGCAGGAUACACAGCCAAAAGUGGAAGCUACAUUGAAACGUUUUGCAUGUAAAGUAUAUGGCAAGAAAUUCUCUCAAAAAAGAAAUAUCAACAUUAACAGGAGAGUUCACACAAAGGAGAAGCCGUUCAGCUGUGAGAUUUGCAGCAAGGCCUUCUCUCAGAAAGGUACUCUAGUAAAGCACAUGAGAGUACAUACAAAGGAGAAGCGAUUCAGCUGUGAGAUUUGCAGCAAGGCCUUCUCUGAGAAAGGUACUCUAGUAAGGCACAUGAGAGUACAUACAAAGGAGAAGCCAUUCAGCUGUGAUAUUUGCAGCAAGGCCUUCUCUCAGAAAGGUACUCUAGUAAAGCACUUGAGAGUACAUGCAAAGGAGAAGCCAUUCAGCUGUGAGAUUUGCAGCAAGGCCUUCUCUCAGAAAGGUACUCUAGUAGAGCACAUGAGAGUACAUACAAAGGAGAAGCCAUUCAGCUGCGAGAUUUGCAGCAAGGCCUUCCUUAAGAAAAAUACUCUAGUAAGGCACAUGAGAGUACAUACAAAGGAGAAGCCAUUCAGCUGUGGGAUUUGCAGCAAGGCCUUCUCUCGGAAAGGUCAUCUAGUACAGCACAUGGGAAUACAUACAAAGGAGAAGCCAUUCAGCUGUGAAAUUUGCAGCAAGGCCUUCUCUGAGAAAGGUACUCUAGUAAGGCACAUGAGAGUACAUACAAAGGAGAAGCCAUUCAGAUGUGAGGUUUGCAGCAAGGCCUUCUCUGAGAAAGGUACUCUAGUAAGGCACAUGAGAGUACAUACAAAGGAGAAGCCAUUCAGCUGUGAGAUUUGCAGCAAGGCCUUCUCUGAGGCACGUACUCUAGUAAAGCACAUGAGAGUACAUACAAUGAAGUCAUUAAUGUAUGAAAUUUUCAACAAAGCUUUUCACGAAGAAAUUAUCUAGUUAAAUAUACAGGAGUACGUGAUAUUACAAUACAGGGAGUAACCUUACUGCUGUAACAUUUACAAUAAAGCCUCACUUGAAAAUAGCCUAGUGAACUAUAUGAUAUUACAUAGAAAGGAAGAGCCAUACUGUUGUGUGAUAUGCUACAGUUGUAAAAUCUAUAAUAACUAGUCUAUCGGGCCAUUAGAGAGUACACAAAGGAUAAGCCGUAUGAUCUCCUAGUGCAACACAUAAUAACCCAAAGAAGACAUUUCCUGGGGAACACGUGACGGUAUCAAAUACCAUUAUAUUUCAUCUAAAAGGAACAAACUUCUUGAUACUAUUGGGAAAGAAUUAUCCCAUGCUUUAUAGAAUCUUCUGAAUUAUGCUAUGGAUAAAAUUUUUGACAGAGUUCUUUCGAGAAUAAGAAACUUUUAUGCGUUAUGCCCUGUAUUUAAUUCUCCAUGUUUGUUUUGUUCUGGUAAACUCACGUAUGUUAUUACUGAACAGACCACUACUGGUCAUGGCUUUCGAGAAAGCGGCUCCUCCGCCUCCUCAAUAUGGCAAUUAAUGUGGGAAAAAAAGCUUCUAUUUCUUAUAAUGAGAAGGAAAUUCAUGCAUUCCAUAUAAAAUAAUGCAUGAAAUGUUUUCUUUUAUUGAUUAAACAAAAGAAAACCGACACACUUUCAUGGCUAUAUCUAUAUCUAUGUAGAUAUAUAUUUCUAUACAUAUAUAUAUUUACAUAUAUGUAUACAUAUAUACAUAUCUAUCUAUCUGUACAUACACCCACACACACACACUCACAC